AUGUCCACGGAUGAAGUGUCGUACCUAUCGGAACAAGAAAGUGUUUGGAGAUGUGAACCGUGUUCGAAGGCUCGCCGCAAGAGUAUGGCUGUUGAAACUACAAGUUCUAUGACUUAUGACGAUGUACUUAAUUUGGUUUCCGAGCUCAGGAACGACUUCAAACGAGUUGAAACAAGUUUAGGACGUUCCCUAGAUAGUUGCCACGAAGAAAUAUCAGCCACAAAGGCAAUAGUCCAGAAGCAAAGUGAAGAAUUGUCAGAGUGGAUGAAAAGGGUAGAAGAUCUCAAAACAGAAAACAUGGCACUUCGCAAUAAGGUUUGUAGUCUGGAAUCGAGGAUGGUUGAGAUGGAGCAGUAUUCACGCAGUAACACAAUAGAAAUUCAUGGAGUCCCAGUGGAAAAGGGGGAGAAUGUGGUCGCCUUAGUCAAGACAGUAGGACGUGCCCUUGAUUACCCUGUGGAGGACAACAUGAUAGACGCCUGUCAUCGUCUCCGUACUAGAGAAGGCUCUGGAAAACCUCCGGGAAUUAUUGUUAAAAUGGUGAGAAGACUAGAUGCUGAGGGAUUGCUACAGAAGAGAAGAGUGAAGAGGAAUAUGAAUACUCAUGACCUGGGACUGACUGCUAAGGCUGCUGAGGUGGUAUAUGUAAACGAAAGUCUUGCUCCGGAACGACGCAGAAUCCUUAACGCCGCUCGACUGCUAAAAAGAGAAAAGGGCUACACAUACCUCUGGAUACGGGGAGGCAAGAUUUUCUUGCGGAAAAGUGACGGUGACCGAGUGAUUGUUCUAGACUCAAUGGAUGACCUUGAUAAGUGCAAAUAG